CAAUGUGCUGCUUGGUCUUUAAUGCUACAUGUAACAUAAGUUGGAGCAUAAGCUGUCAGUUGGAUUAUCUAAAUUGUCAAUUCAAACUUUACCAGUUAAAGAAAAGAGUUUACAAUCAGUCCUUCAUUUCUAGCCCCUAGCUUUCUGAUAGAUAUUGCUAAGCUCCUAGUUUCCAAGGAAGGAUCAAAGCCUGCUAAUCUCAAUGAUCUCGUGGAUGUCACUUCUAUCAUUGUAUGAUUAAGAAUUACCAUGCCUUUGUAUGAACAAGAAUUGUACUGGAAUUGAAGAAAUGUAAGUAAAGAAGUUAGUGAGCAUGUUAUUGCUUUCUUUGGUAAAAAUGAGUCGACUUUAAUAAGUGAAAAGAUUUACUAUUGACCCCAUCAUGAUAUUAGCGCUAUCAAACUUAAAGCUGAACUGGCAAUACAUAUUAGUUUGAAAUUAAUUAAAGAUUGAAAAAUAAUAUUUUUUCAGCGUCUGCUAAUAGUCCCUCCUGAGCUAGCAUAUGGAAGUAAGGGAGUCCAAGAAAUUCCUCCAAAUGCAACAAUAGAGAUAGAUAUUGAACUGCUGUCCAUCAAAGAAAGCCCAUUUGGGUCCCCUGUAAAAAUAAUUGAAGGUUAAUACAAUUGUAGCUGGUUAUGUUGGUUCGUUAAAUCGGAUGAACCAAGCAGCAGACAAUAGCUUACAGGAAAGUUAGAUUUCUAUUUUGCUCCAAAUUUUACGUUGGACCAGAUUGCUUCUUUUAUUGGCACUUGAAGAGAAAGGAACUGCCCACUUAAAAUGAUUACAUGUUACUGAUACUUUUGUAAGUGUAUUUACAAACUCAAUAAAUACUGCUUUCCAUCUUAUCCUCUCAGCGUAUAUUCUGUACCAAGUUUCCUCAUAUUUCUUGACAUGCUGCUUCAUGCUAGUUAGAUUGUUAAACGUCACAGUAAAUGCUUCAAUAUUUCCCAAUCUGACAGAUUUAUGAUUCAUUUAUACUUAAUAAGUUCCAAAAUGAUGAGAAGUAAAUGAAUAUGCAGGAUGAUAAAUACAUUAUUCAUUUCUUGUGGUCAUAGUGAAUUUGAGUUUGUAUUUCUCCUGAUCAUUUUUGAAUUCAACUCGCAUUGUUUUACUGUGAGACCUUUUAUGUCUUUCUCUGAGAUUCUUUGCUAAAUAAAGUACUUUUGUUGAUGAAGGAGAAAAGAUGUUAUAGUGCGAUUGUGUAUUAUCUCCAUCUGUAUACUUUUCCACUUAUAUUGAUAACCAUGGCGUGCCAUCCACAUGUAAGUUUGUUAGAGAACAGAAGGAAAUUAGUGGUAGUGCAGAGGGUACUCAUGCCUUAGAAUUUCCCUUUUAAUUAUUUUAAUAGAUUUUUCUUGCUAGAGCUUUGAAUCCCAUAAAACAAGAAAAAAGAAUAGUUAGGACUUUCCUAUUAGAGCUUGCCUUAAAUAGAGCAUAUGGCUAGAAAUUCCAUCCUUGUGCACCCGCUAUAGGAGGAACCCACCAGUCCAAUAAAUGCCGAAAGUUUGAGUGUUUCAGAUAGAUGCCUGCAGCCACUUUGCAAAUUAUAAUUCCUCAACUUUAUUCUCUUCUUUUUAGGCUUUUAUUUACCCCUUUACCGUCCUCUUUGUGCCAUCGUUCUUUGCUGCUCUUCCUCUCUGCUCAAGCAAGAUGAUCACAAGUAAAUCUACUGCAAAACCACCUUUCCUUAGCUAUAUUUUUUUUCUUCUUUUCUUUAGCCAUCAUUCUUCUUCCCAGAAGACCUGCCCAAACUGUGGCUUCAUGGAAGUUCCUUAUCCUCUGAGCACAAACCCCAGCUGUGGUGACCCAAACUAUCAUCUUCGCUGUGAUUCCCAUUCACAGAAACUUUAUUUUGAUGCUAUGAAUGGGAGUUCUUACCUUGUACUCAGAAUCAUGGCCUCAUUUCACCGCAUGGUUGUAAAACCAUCACCAUGGGUGUCAAGUACAUGUGUUACACAAGACAUGCUAGUGAGUGGGGGCCUUUGGUUGAAUCAGACACUCCCUUUCAAUGUCACCUCAUCCAACACAGUCUUCCUCUUCAACUGCUCACCCAGGCUUCUUGUCUCUCCUCUCAAUUGUACUCCUUCUAGUCUUUGUCACAGUUACUUGGAGAGCUCUGGACUUGUUGAUAAAAAUCGAUCUCUCCAGUGUGCCAGCAGUCUCAAGCCCUGCUGCACCUUUAUUGCAGGUGGAAUGCCCUCAGCCUAUAAGAUAAGGCUUCACAGUUCGGGCUGUAAAGCAUUUAGAAGCAUCCUUAACUUGGAUCCUAAAAGGCCUGCAAGCCAAUGGGAAGAGGGAUUGGAAAUUCAAUGGUCUUCUCCACCUGAACCAAUUUGUAGAACACAGCUUGACUGUUCUGGAGCAUCCAAGUGUUUACCUACUGGUAGAAAUGGUCCCUUCCGUUGCCUUUGCAAUAGGGGCUACCUCUGGGACCAUACUCGUGGAAGUUGCAAGAGAAAAAAGUGUAACAGGAAAGCCAGCCUCAGUUUAAAGGUCUCAAUAGCAGUCAUCUCCUUUGUCUCUCUAGCUGCAGUAAUAGGCAUAAUAAUUGCACGCAAGUCCUCUGCACAUGCUAACCAAGCAAAACUUGCGAAAGCAAGAGAAGACCUGUUAAAAUCAAGGAAUGGUGGGAAAGCUGCAAGGAUGUUCCAGUUGAAAGAGGUAAAGAAAGCAACAAACAGUUUCUCUAAGGACAGGGUUUUGGGGAGUGGUGGCUUUGGAGAAGUCUACAAAGGUGAGCUUCAAGAUGGAACAGUGGUGGCUGUUAAGUCAGCUAAAGUUGGUAAUGUCAAAAGCACCCAACAAGUACUUAAUGAAGUUGGAAUUCUCUCUCAAGUUAAUCACAAGUACUUGGUUAGACUCCUGGGUUGCUGUGUAGAAGGUGAGCAGCCUUUGAUGAUUUAUGAGUACAUUUCUAAUGGGACACUCCAGGACCAUUUACAUGGCAAGGCUUGCACCUUUCUGGACUGGAGAACAAGGCUGAGAAUUGCUCUGCAAACUGCUGAAGCAUUGGCUUAUUUGCAUUCUGAAGCACACACACCCAUUUACCACAGAGACGUCAAGACAACAAAUAUACUACUGGAUGAAGACUUCAAUGUGAAAGUUGCUGAUUUCGGGCUCUCCAGACUUGCUUGCCCAGGGCUGAGCCAUGUGUCAACUUGUGCUCAAGGAACGCUAGGGUACUUGGAUCCCGAAUAUUACCGGAACUACCAGUUAACUGACAAAAGUGAUGUUUAUAGUUAUGGAGUUGUGUUGCUUGAGCUUUUGACUUCCCAAAAAGCCAUAGACUUCUCAAGAAAUCAAGAUGAUGUCAAUCUAGUAAUUUAUGUGAGCCAACAAGCUAAAAAUGAUGCAAUUAUGGAAGUCAUAGAUCAGCGGCUGCUCAUUAAGCAUCCCUCAGGUAAUAUACUUAGAAGUAUGAAACUCUUAUCAGAACUCGCCUUUGCCUGUCUACAGGAAAGAAAAGUAGAUAGGCCUAGCAUGAAGAAUGUAGUUCAACAACUUGAAUGCAUAGUUCAAAUAAUAGAUCAGGAAAAAGUCCUCGGUGAAGUUAAUACUGAUAGUACAUGAAUGACCCUGCGAUACUUCUUGUAGUUAGUAACUGUUAAUUUUAUGUUAUGGAUGUUUAUGUUUAUGGUCUUUGAAUAUUCAAGUACCAAAUUAGAAGGUUUGGAAUGAAAAGGUGGUUGAAAUGAUGGAAAGGAAGACUUUAAAUGCUUGAGUAGCCAAUUGGAGCUAAAGUGAUUCCAAGGAUUGUUGUGUGUGGCUGGAAAGACAUGGAGGAAAGAUUGGGAUCAGAUUCUUACUUUGUAUAAAAAAGCAUGAAAUGAUCCAAAAGACUAGGAAUUUCAGGAAUGUGGUUAUUGGAAUCUGUUGGAAUUUAAUCAGAAUUGCUAGCUGUGAAGAAAAAGAAAUCCAUCUUUUUCUGAAAUGGAAAAGCAUUUGCAUAUCAAAGUGUGAAUCAAAUUUAGACUUGUCCUACUAAGAAAGCAUUAAUCAAUUUUCUUCUUCUUUUUUGUUCCCUUUUCUCAAAUGUAGUAAUCCAUUUUUAUGUAACUUAAUGAUGAAUGUCAACUUUAGAAAUGCACUUACUGUGUUUGUUUCA